AACAUUAGUGAUUCAUAUAAGCUUUAUUUUUAUUAAACGUACUAUUUUGCUAGUAUAAUUGUUUAGAUAAAAAUGUUUUCUGUGUUGCGUCGCAAUGCGGUUUGCAAAACGGCAGCAAAUUAUAUAAAAUUGUCGCGUUUUGUAGCACCACGGAGCUACGUCACUAUCGUAGGCCAAGCACAGCGACAGGCUUUCUUUAAGCCUGCUUUAGAAGCAGGCAGAAGUGUAACGAAUUUGCAGGCUGUUAUUGUGCGUCCAAUUUCAAUUAGCGCAGCUCGUCUGGCUGCCGCAGAAGGUUCCAAUCAUGUGGGUUUGUGGACUGUCGAAAGGAUUCUAGUUACUUCAAUGUUGGCGAUUCUACCUUGUGCGUUUAUUUAUCCAUCUCGUCUUAUGGAUCUUCUGUUGGCUCUGUCUGCAAUUAUGCACUCUCAUUGGGGCAUGGAAGUUAUUAUUGUGGACUAUCUGCGUCCAAAUGUGGUAGGCCAUGUGCUACCCAAGCUGGCGCAUGUCCUGCUUGUGAUGGUGUCUGUGGGUGCAUUUAUAGGAAUGUUUGAGUUGAUCAAGAAGGACGAUGGCUUAGCCAAGGGCCUAAUGAAAAUCUGGGAUGUUAAAUUCAAGGAAAAGCCAGCAGAAAAGCCCGACGAUAAAGACAAGAAAAAGAAGAAGUAAUUGGCUAGUUGACAUAAGAUAUUAUGAAAUUCUAUGUGUAUGCACUAUAAAAAACAUUGUAUUUAAUAUACAAAACCUUUAAAGUUAUUGCACUAAUUUA